UAGAGAUCCCUCAUUUUUCUGCUAAGAGGACAUUUUAUAUAGACUCACGUGGUGGAGCCACAGAGAAUUAGCCGCCCCUCACGAAUAUUCUUCCCAUGUUUGCGUUGCUAGUCUUCUUAUUCUAAGUCAAUGGAGUUAGUGUACUAAUCUAAUAUAUAUACAACAAACCCUUUUAUCUGUUUUGAAUACCAUUGCUUCAUAUAGCUCUCUAAAAAAGCUCUUUGUUCGUCUCUAUAUCAUACGAAUAAUGGAUUCUUAUUUUUUCCUUGGCACUGUUGUUGUUGUUGCUCUUGCAAUCUACACGCUUUUGGGAACAAUAUCUUUUAUGGUUUAUAGAAAAUUCAGGUUACACCAAGAGAAGAACAACAUAUCAUCUUGUUUUUCUUUUUCAUCUUGCUUUUCUUUUUCAUCUUCUUCAUCGACUUCGUCGCCCGGUCGUAAACACCAAGUCUUUCCAAGUUUCCACGGGGCAGAUGUACGCAAAUCCUUUCUCAGCCACAUCAUGAAGGAGUUCAAAAGCAAGGGAAUCGACAUAUUCAUUGAUAAAGAUAUCAAGAGGGGUAAGUCCAUCGGUCCUGAGCUCACAGAAGCUAUCAGAGGAUCGAGGGUUGCGAUUGUCUUCCUCUCGAGGAAAUAUGCUUCUUCGUCGUGGUGCCUGAAUGAGUUGGCACUGAUCAUGAAGUGCAGAAAAGAGUUGGGUCUAACAGUGAUGACCCUUUUCUAUGACUUGGACCCAACUGAUGUAAGGAAGCAGACCGGAGAUUUUGGGAUGGCCUUCAAAGAAACUUGUAAAGGUAAAACAAAGGAUGAAAUUGGAAGAUGGAGACAUGCUUUGGAGGAAGUCGCCAAAAUCGCCGGUUACCAUUCAAGCAUAUGGGAUAAUGAAGCGGACAUGAUCGGAAUAGUCACCACUGAUAUUUCAAAUACGUUGAACAUCUCAACGCCGUCAAGUGAUUUCAGCGACUUAGUUGGGAUGGAGGAUCAUAUGAAAAAAUUGGAACGAAUGUUAUACCUAGAUCUGAAUGAUGUGAGGAUGAUAGGGAUUUGGGGUCCUCCUGGGAUUGGUAAGACUUCCAUCGCCAGAGUUUUAUUUCGAAAACAUUCUGACAGUUUCGAUUUGAGUGUCUUUAUGGAGACUGUCAAGGGUUAUACAAGACCAGGUUGUUCGGAUGAACACGGUCUUAAGCUGCACUUACAGCAGCAGUUUCUGUCUCAAAUAUUCAACCAGAAGGAUGUAGAAGUUCCUCACUUAGGAGUUGUACAAGACAGGUUAAGAGACAAGAGAGUGCUUGUUGUGCUUGAUGACGUUGAUCAGUCAGCACAAUUAGAAGCCAUGGCCAAGGAAAAUAAGUGGUUUGGUCCUGGAAGUCGGAUUAUCAUCACCACGCAAGAUCGAAGACUUUUGAAAGCACAUGGAAUCAAAGAUGUGUACAAGGUGGAUUUACCACCACCUGAUGAUGCUUUUCAAAUCUUCUGCAUGUAUGCUUUUGGUAAAACCUCUCCAAAACAUGGUUUCGAGGAGCUUGCAUGGGAAGCUACAUACCUUUCUGGUAUACACCCUUCGGGAAUAAAAAGUAUGGGCUCUUAUUUCCGGAAAAUGUCAAAACCGGAGUGGGUAAACGCGUUACAAAGGUUAAGGACUAGUAAGCUUGACUCUGAAUCUCCGAGGACCCACAGAAAGCUCAUAAAUAGAUUAAGGAAUGUAAAACAGAAGAUGCUGUCAAAUACGUUGAGCCGUAUAAGGAAGCACCAAAUAGCAUCAGCAGCAGCAAAAGCUGCUAGUGUUUAUGAAACAAGUAUAAAAGAAGAGGUGGAUUCGUCCGCGGAGUCGUUGAAUCAUUGACUUGGUGAAGAAGUAAAGAAACUGAUAGAGUUGAAGAACCACGUCCAAGAACAUGAAACUACCUGAUCAAACCACCAAAACGAAAGUAUGUGCAAUGAGUGAUUUAUGUUAUAUGUAUGUUAAUCUUUUAAUUUACUCUGCAAUUUGCUUCAGUUGUAACAAGGAGAGAAUCGGUCAACCUAUAUCAUGUAGAACCAACUCUCCAUUAUUUGCUUGUGGUAUCUAUGUAAAGAGACAAUCUCAAUUCCCUAAAACAAAAGUCUUAUUAUUGUUCUUGUUUUACCCUGUUCCUAAAAAUGUGAUACGAGGAGGUGAUCAAGAACUUAUGUUUCUGCUACGUACACUACUAUGUAUUUCUUUGGAUCUUCCAUCUCUCUAAACUUACCUGAUACGGCUGUGGA